CCUGAGACUGCAGGGCACGCGGAGUCGGCUGAAGUGAUGUGCGUUUGAGUACCUCUUCCCGGGCGACUGUUGGAAGUGGACCACGUUAAAUGGUGGCCUCUGGUGAACAUAGACGGUUCAUGGGAGACACAGAAAGCAGCAAGAAACCCAGGCUGAUGCGAUGGUGGCCUCAGUGUGGCUUGAGACACGCUCAAAUUGGCCUGGCCGCGCUGCUGUUCAUCAUCCUUUGGACGCUGCUGAUAAUUAUUCUUUGGACGAAGGACACAGACUACACAAUCUAUCACACCUGCAAAUGUAAAGGAAAAAAUCCCCAGUGUAAUACGCGGCUACGCGAUGACCUCGGCACGUAUGAAGUUGGUGAUGAAGAUUUUUCCGGGAGGCAGGAGAUGUUUCCCCGGAGAAUAAAAAGCAGCCCACCACAUGGUUUAAAUGACACAGACCUUCAUGAUGAUGACGACACGAAUAGCAUCGACACUUCCAAAAAAAGGUGGAGGAGGCUCUGCACUUCUCGCUGGGACCCCGCUCUUCCCGUUAUCUUCGCCGUGACCCCCACGUAUGCUCGCGCCACACAGAAAGCGGAUCUCACGCGCCUUUCGCACACCAUGGCCCUGGUGCCCAACUUGCACUGGCUGGUCGUGGAGGAUGCGCCCGCGCCCUCGGCUCUCGUCUCCGCCGUGCUCCGCAACGCCUGGCCGCUAUCCUACACCCACCUGCACAUGGAGACACCUAAACAGGACCCCCUUAAGCCCAACAGAAGCCGCUCCUCUUUUCCAAGAGGCACGUUCCAGAGGAACGAGGCUCUACGCUGGCUCAGGGAGACGUAUGGCAACCGGUAUGGGUCUCACGAUGCCACCGGGGAGUCUGGCUUGGAUCCUCGGGCUCUGAACGGGGUCGUCUAUUUUGCAGACGACGACAACACUUACAGCAUGGACAUCUUUGAGGAGAUGCGACACACAACAAAUGUGUCCGUGUGGCCCGUGGCGUUUGUGGGCGGCUUGCGUUACGAAUCUGUAGUGGUGGGGGCCAAUGGCAUGGUCACCGGCUGGAAGGUUGCAUACAGCCCCACGCGAUCAUUCGCCAUCGACAUGGCCGGCUUUGCCAUCAACCUGAACCUACUCCUGCAGAAUCCUAAAGCAUACUUCAAUUUCCACGCGAGGAGUGGGAACCAGGAGUCCAGCCUUCUCGAGCAACUCGUGACCAGAGACCAACUGGAGCCAAAAGCUGACAACUGCACCAAGGUUCUGGUGUGGCACACACGCACCUCGAAACCCAUCUUUCAGGGCGAACGAGGAAAAGGUUUUUCUGACCCCAAUGUGGAGGUGUAAUGACAGAUGACUGCUUCAUGCACGAUGCUGGGUUUUGCACGGUUUAAUGCGACGUGAUGGUCCUGUUGCCUAAACAAGUAGUGCACUGCUUUGCGUCAUGAUCCCUGCACAUACAUGGAAUUCUACAGAUGAAAUGCACCUUAAGAUUUCAAGUAAUUAUUAUUACAAUCAUACUUGGGUGCUCUGAUUGAAACAAAGGCUAGUAAGAGUGCUAUAUUCUCAUCUUUAUUACGUGGCUGCUCGGCCCCCUUGUUGCUCACUCUCCAGUCGAGUUUCUCCCUAUCCUGGACUAAUACAUUUUAUUGCGUGGUUUAGUUACAUUUUUUUAUCAAUUCCAUUCAGAAUCAAAAUCUUUCUUUAUCCCGGAUGAUUAUCAUGGGCUAUUAAGCUUCUUUUCACAGAUGUCCAUUCCAUCGCAUGCACAUCACAAAUGCACUCUGCAUGGGAAAGUAAUUGCCUUUGCUCGAGAUGCAAUAAUGCGAUUUGUGUAUCUCGCCUGCUUUGCGGUGCUUACUGUGACUGCUAUCGGAAGUUAUUUACAUUGAGCCGUUUUAUGGUUUUGAUUCAUAAUGUUAUUUUUCAUAAAUAUUCUCAGUAACAUGCAUAAAUGGUAGCGAUGAGCACUUAAACAUAUCUGGCACCUGCUUGCAUGAAUGAACAGAUCCCCACUGUCACAAUUGCACGAUUCGACCGUGUUUAUGUGUGCUGGUUUCAGAGCCCAAAUCUCAUAAACUAAAUUGACGUGGAACUCAAUUGUUAAAAUGAUUGAUACCCUAAUUUAACUGCAUUUAACAAGUCUCCGCUGGAAGAGAAAUAGGAACCUAAAUUGACUCUGCCGGAGAUCAUAAUGUAUCCUCCCGUGUAAGCGUAUGGGAUGUGAACUAAUUGUCGAUCACAUAUGGAAUGUUUUAUGUCUCCAAAUACAAAGUUAAAAUGUUCACAUAGCAUGGAGUAUGCCUCCCCGUCAAUAAAGUGUGUUUACACAUCCCAUCAGCCACACGGCCUUCUGGGAGUUCAAUCUUUCAGCAGCAUUGGUUACAAAUAAUACACUUUAGACCGGUUUUGACAUUCAGUGGUUCAUCAGUCGUGUCCGGCUUGCUUGAACCAAUACUGGUGAACUGGCAGAUGUGUAUCUCCAAGCACCCUAUCGGAGAGUUGAUGGGUCCCAGAUGUGGGAACUAUAUUGUCUGUUUAUUGUCACUCGUUUUCUGCACAACGACGCUCAUGAUCGUAAUAAGUUGCAUCGAGGGUCACUUCACAACCUGCAUCGUGUAACCUAAUGACCGUGUUGCAGAAAGGGCUCAUGGCUGCACGAGUUGUGUGAAGCACGCCGCGCAACGUGCAGCAGGCUGACCACGCGUCUCCUCGAGCACUUGGUGGGGUGGCAUUGCGGGACAACGAAAUCACCGAUCAAAUAUUUGCCCCCAUAUAUGGAAGUGGGCGGGGCGUCAGCCAAAGGGGGGCCUGUUCUUGCCCAUGUAUAGUCAUCGUGAAUCGAGGUUUCAUUGGUAUCGAUUCGGCUCAGUCCAUCUGGCACCCAGCUGAAAGUUGAUCGAGCAGCCCUCUUUGAAAUGGCAGUUUUUUUUAAAUCUUAAAUUACUUUCUGCUGUUCACAGAUUAAACAAAACAAUGGUGCAUUUAAUGACAUGCGAUUUUUACAUAAUUCAUUGAAUAACGUUUAAAAUGAAAACGGGCAUAAUAAUAGUAUAAGGAAACAAAAAUACCUAAUCAUAAUUUGCGGUUUAAUCAUGUCAUUGUGCCUCAGGGCUAAUAUCCAAUCAAAUAAAGGGAGCGGGGCCACACUCGAUCCCAAGUAUCGCUGGCCAAUGUAAUCGAUUGCCAAUGAAUCUAUAUUUUCAACAUGGCUGCCUGAUCGACUGUGUUAAAUCGAUACAAUUUAAACCCACGAGUCACAAUUACCAUAUAUGGGCACACGCCCCUUUCGGCCAACGCCACGCCUACUCCAUAGGACUCCUGUGAUCAUUUUCGAUUACUUCUUUUUUGCGGUUAUAGAAAUAUAUAUUCUUUGGGUCUUUCGGUAAAGUCUCGUAGAUCGGUUCAAAGAAAAUAACAAAAAACUACAUUUCGAUCGCAACACAUGCGUUCGUCAUCAGGAAGAGGGGGUUAGUUUUUAAAGGGAAACUGUUUAUAAAGGUUUUAAAUUGGCAUAGCCCAAAUGUCAGCAGCCACUGUUAAUGUGGUCAGCGACCGCGACGGUGGUGGGUUUUCCACCAAUCACAGGGCUGCCAAGUAAAAAUGAGCACGUAAAAUCGUUGAGCAGCCUCCACGGCCAGCGCCCCAACGUGGCUGUUAGUGUGAGAGAUAAACAUGCUCGCAGAGCGAUCUGCCAUUUCUACCACCAUGGUUUACUAAAACAAUAUAUUUAAUCUUUGUGGUCUGUAAUUUUCCAUAAAUAAACGACUGGAGAUUGUUUAUCUACAAAGGGUAGUGGAAAUCGAUGCCAGGCACCUGCAGUGUAGCCACUCUUCCUUAUAGCUUUACUGUUUGCA